AUGGACACCGACGUCCACCUUCUCCACAGACACUGGGAAGAGUCAGACGUCUCUGGAAUCCCCGCGAACGAGGGGUCUUCGCUUCCAGUCUUCCGCUCGAACUCUCUCAGCCACCGGCAAGCCCAACCCCCACCAGAUCAACGCUGGUCCGAUGUCUCGACCACCAGGAAUGCGCGUCGACAGCACGUUGCGAAAAGUCUGUUGCCAAACCUUUUCCCAGCAGCUCUUGGCGCUCGGUCCCCAUUGCGUCCACUCGGUCUCCCGAUCGAGAGUCUUCGCCCGGUUUGCUUUGGACCGAACGCGAUCGAAGAAACUCUAGCCCGCCGCGGCAAGCCGGAGAGCCCUGGUGAGGGUGAGCCGCUCUUUUGGGGCCGACUCAUGUUCCUCCUAUGCUCUUGUGGUGCUUGGCGAUGUCGCACGUGUCAGCCCUUGGUGCACAACUCCAGCGAGUUCAGCCCGUGCUCAAGACACGUUUUCGGUCAAUUUCUCGAGGGAUUCCAUCGCGUGGACCGUGAUGAAGCUAUCUUCACCACCAAAAUUUGGACUGAAGUUCUAGAGGUUCACAACCUGUUCAUCGCCAAGUCGGGUAUCCGAUGCCAGGACGCUUCCAAGACUUACAACCUGUCGAUCGGUAUUGAAGGAACGCCCUCCAUGGUAGUGGUGAAAGGUUGGCAAAGCUUGCCACAGAACCAAGCUUCUGCCUCCCUGAUGACAAGAAUCUCGGCGCUCCAGUCCAGCGCCUGA